AUGGUGGGAUCAAAGGGUUCUUCGAACCGCAAAUCAACCGCGAAAACUCAGGCUAAUAAAAAGAUCGAGAAACCUGCUCAAAAUGUCACUCCUGCCAGUGACAACAAGAUAAACCCUGAGACUGAACAGAAUGAUAGUCACAACGGCAACUUAGACCACGAUAAUGGAGACUCAGAGAACCAAAUAAGUGGCAGAAAGAGUGAGGACGACUCUGGUGCUCAAAGUGAGGAUUUGGCAGAAGAAGAUGCCAGUGGAGAAGACUCUAGUGAAGACGAAGACGAAAUUUCCAGUGACGACGACAGUGUAGACGAAGAAGAGGAUGAUGACUUUCCCAAAAAGAAGAAAGCGAAGCUUGGCAAACAUAAUGACGGGUCCUCAGACUUCUCCACAGCCAUUAAUGCUAUUCUUGGAUCACAUCUCAAAGCACACGAUCGAAAAGAUCCGAUCAUGGCUCGUAAGAAGAGCACAGCGAAGAAACUGGAAAGUGAUAAGCUAGAAGCCAAGGCUAAAAAGGCCAUUUUGGUGGAGAAGAAAAAACUGCUGAAUAAAACCAGAACAAAAGAUAUCAUACCAAUUGCAUCUGCAGAGACAGAUUCCGGGGUCGAAAUAAGGGAAGUUUUGGAGAAGGAGAGACGACUAAGAAAGAUUGCACAGAAGGGUGUUGUGAAACUGUUCAAUGCUAUUUUAUCCACACAAGUUAAAACCGAGAGAGACAGUGCUGAAAGGCUCGGUGAUAUUAAGAACCGUGCCGAAAAGAAGGACAUGCUCAACGAUCUAUCAAAGGAAAAGUUUUUGGAUCUUGUAAAGGCUGCCGGAGACUCAUAG